GGCUCGCGAUCGAGUGUUGUCCCUGUACGCCUCUUCUCAUACCCACUACCACCCAAUUCAGCCAUUCAAGUUUCCAGUUCAGCUACACACACCUCAAAAAUGUCGGAAUUACCAGCGAUUCGCUGGGGCAUCGUUGCUACCGGGAUGAUCUCCUCCUGGUUCGUCGAAGACCUCUUGGUCUCACGAUCAGAUGCAAAAGUCAAGCACAUUGUCCAAGCGAUUGGGAGUUCAUCCGUCCAGAAAGGGCAAGACUUCUCGAAGCAAUAUUGCCCGAAUAGUCAACCGGCUAUUUAUGGAUCGUACGGGGAAGUUUAUGCCGACCCCAAUGUGGAUAUCGUCUACAUUGGCACCCCGCACGCUUUCCACAAGCAAAACUGCCUGGAUGCCAUCGAAGCAGGCAAACCCAUUCUUUGCGAGAAGGCUUUCACGAUAAACACUCGUGAGGCAAAGGAGGUCUUUGCGCGUGCCAAGGCAAAGGGAGUCUACGUUGCUGAAGCCAUGUGGCUCCGCCACCGACCUCUGGUCCAAGAUCUGCAACGCAUGCUUCACAAAGACAAGGUCAUUGGCGAAGUUUUCCGCGUCUACUCUGAGUUCGGUCUCGGGCUAGACAUCCCGAACCUCCCAGACAGCUCGCGUUAUAAGCAACCUCACCUUGGUGCAGGGUCGCUAUUGGAUUUGGGGAUCUACACUCUGACGUGGGCUAUCCUAGGCUUGGACGCAGGAACUCCUGGUUCUUCUGAGAAGCCCAAGAUCCUAGCUUCACAGUCGCACGAUGGUUCUGUCGAGGUGACUACCAGUGUCAUCCUCCACUAUCCCUCUACGGGUAGACAGGGUGUUGUCACUUCAACGACAAUGGCAACUGGAAACCCAGAUGUGUUGGCACGCAUUCAAGGAACCAAAGGCACGAUUGAGGUACAUGGCACCGUCCCAUCUGACCCAGACUCUUUCACUUUGUACUCCACAUUUGAGAGAGACCAGGUCAAGGGCAUCAUCGGAAGGGACGCGAUCAAGACAUUUGAAUACAAGCCAGUCGGACGAGGGUAUUAUUGGGAAGCCGACAACGCUGCGUUGGAUGUGCUGGCCGGGAAGUUGGAGAGUGACGUGAUGCCUUGGGCAGAGACUAUUCGUGUCAUGGAGAUGAUGGACGAAAUCCGACGACAGGGUGGGACUGUGUAUCCUCAAGACGAGGAGUGA